AUGUCUCGAGCUGUCGAUAAGCUUCCCGCUCCCUCGGAGGCGCGUUCGAUAAAAGUCAUUGGACUUGGUCCUAGCCGUACCGGAACUCUUGGACUAUGGCAGGCGUUGAAAACGCUUGGUUACACCCCGUUCCACAUUUCAGAAUUGCUGCCGUACGGGUUUCAGCAGAUGAGAACCCUUCAAGAAGCCAUCAUUGCCAAUGACACCGACAAGCCCUUCGGUCGCAAUGAGUUCGACAAGCUCUUUGCAGGAUACGAUUGCAUUGUCGAAAGUCCAUGCUACCUGUGUCCCAACAUCAUAAAAGCAUACCUAGAAGAUCCCGAUGUUAAAUUUAUCUUGACAGAGCGUACCCCAGAGUCCUGGGCCAAGUCCAUUGCUGGAUCCCUCGGUGCUUACCACACAAAGCUUGCAAAACCGCCUUUGUCGGUCGCAAGGUACUUUGACAGUUUCAUCUGGGAACUCACGGCGCUUUUCAGAGCCAUGACUCACAGAUGGUCUGAUGGACUGGAGCCGAGUGAACCUGGCUUCAAGGAUGCACUAGCAAAGAGCUACGUUCAGUACAUGGAGAAUGUCAAGACGCUUGUUCCUCCUGAACGCCUGUUGGUCCUGAACCUGGAAAAAGGCUUUGGCUGGGAGGAAAUCUGCACGUUCUUGAAGCUAGAUGUGCCCGACGAACCCUACCCGCGCAUAAACGCCAUGGCUGACUUCCACGUCGCUGCAGAGAUGGUUGUGUCGCCAGCGAUUAAGAAGACAAUUGGUAUUCUUACUUCGUCUGCGGUUGCUGUCACUGCAAUUGCUGUAUGGUAUUGGCAAAGGAGAAGGUAA